AACACAGACUGUGGUCACUGACCGGAGUCUCUUCUGUCUUUAUUCUCCUCAAGUCACACCGCAUGUCUGACCCAGGGGUCCAACCUGCUGCUGGGAGAAAUCUGCACUCACAUCCCCGAGAUCUGUCAGAUGGAUGCGGAGCUGACGAUGAAAAGAUCGCCUGAUAUGUUUGUUGGCAUUUUCGCUCAUCGCCUAUUUAUGGGAGGCAGCGGCGGCGGCUCGGCCCUUUCUUUAUUAUAAGGAAAGAGAUCUCCGCGGUUAUAGCUAUGUGAAAAGAGCAGAUCGCCGAAUAAUUCUCGUUUCGCGAUCCCGAGGAAUAAUUAUGAACAACGCGCAAGAUAUGUCGCCCGAUUUCGUGUUGAUGCGCCUGGUUUCCGCGGCCGAGGAUGACCGCUUGGACGCGGAAAACGGGAAUCUGCCGCCGGGAGGAGUGUCGGUGGCGGGGCUGGGGAAGGACGUCCUGGCUCACAGCGGAGUCAAACCGGGGUUGGAUAUCAGCCGAGACCCGACGGUGGGCCUUGAGCAUCCCAACAAAGGCCAUCCGCCGCACGGAGAGACUGCACCUGACACCGGGGGGACGGAGAGCCGAGCCCCGGCGCCUGCUCCGCCGCAGAGCCCCAUGGAGGCCCAGGGCUUUGACUUCGCCCCCAGCCCCGGUUUAAGGCCUCAGCUGCUCGUCUUCUCCAAUAUAAUGCGGAAUGGAGAGGGGAUUUUAGAAUUAGACCGUCGGAAUCAGCAAAGGGAUGCUAUGGGUUUGGAUCAGAGCGCAGGCCCGGCGGUCAAUAACAACAGCCGGAGCACCGGGGACGCGCAGCAGCAGGACCUGAUGGACCGGACAUGGGGAGCGCAUCCGCCGGGCGAGAUGCACCAGGGAGCUGCGGAGCUUUGCCGCCGGCACCGACUCAUCACUACCACGCCCGAGUGGCCCUUGUUGUCGGAGAGAUCCAACCCUCUCACCGUGAUUGACUCUAAAUGGGGGUGCGCCUCCAGGGACAGAGAGGGAGCCGUGUUCGAGCUGGCGCGACGUUUCGGGGAGCUGGGGGUCGGUGCGGUGCCCAAGAUGCUGCUCAAAGCCGGGGAGCUCCCGCAAUGUUCGUGUCAGGGAGCUCACAGGCCGGCCGGAGGAGGAGUGGAGCCCAGGGGCGACCCCACUGAAACCAGCGAUGCUCUGCUGGUGCUGGAGGGGCUGGGGAGCGGGGAUGUCGGCCUUGACAUGGACGAGUGCACGGAGGGGGAUCCGGACGAUGAGAUCGGACGCAGAGAGUUUCUACUGAACAGGAAGAGGGAAAUAGUUCAGAAAAUGUCGGGGUCUUUCUCCCUCAGCAGCUUCCAGGCGGAGUUGAGGCGGCAGGUGGAGGGGAGCGAGGCGGCGGCUGCACACCUGCACGGCUCUCAGGUGUGCAGCCUCCACGGGGGGUUAGCCAGGAGGAUCUCGCAGGUAAGCUCCGGGGACUCAGAGGUGGCAGCCCAGGUUACAGCCACAACACCGUUAUCUACACCCACACCGGUCCAGAACUCACCUUGGGGCACAAGUCCAAACCUGAGCCAGGUGUCCACCCCCAGGAGGAGGCCGGAGAGGUGUGCCAGCGCGCCCAGGACUCCCACCUCAGGCUGGGGCUCCGGGGGGGAAAAGAUGCUCAAAGUGCCAGGGAAGUCCAAAAAGGGCUCGUUAAAGAUCCGCCUGAGUAAACUGUUCCGGACUAAAAGCUGCAGCGGCUCCAAUCACCUGCUGGACAAAAGGCCCUCAGUGACCUACUCAGUAUCCUCUGCUGGGAGUCUGGUGGACAUGGCGAGCAGCCCUGGAGCUGAGCCGGACAGCCACAGCCAGCCCAGACUGACCCGGGCCCACAGUGCCUUCUCCCCCGCCUCCCUCUCUGCCUCCCUCUCUGCUUUCACCGGUGAGACAGUUUCCCUGGUGGAUGUUGAUAUUUCGCGGCGAGGGGCGAACACGCCUCACCCCCCCACGCCUCCCCCUCCUCCACGCAGAAGCCUCAGCCUGUUAGAUGACAUAGCGGGGCCUCAGCCUGGUCCCUUCCUAGUGAGUGUAAUGGGUGCCUCCCUGCAGUCCCUCCCUCUUCCUCUCCCUCCUCCUCCUCUUCCCUCACACGCCACCAUCCAGCACAGUCUCAGCCUCAAUGACGCCUUCCUCCGGGCCCUCCCCCACGCGGCCCCCUCCCCGAUGGGCGCCCCCCCCUCCAGACAGGCUCCGCCCCCCAUGCUGUGCGCCCUGAGGCGAUCUGAGGCCAGCAACUUCACCGCCAGCCUGCGAGAGCUGGAGAAGUGCGGCUGGUACUGGGGUCCGAUGAACUGGGAGGACGCGGAGAUGAAGCUGAAGGGGAAACCUGACGGAUCCUUCCUGGUGAGGGACAGCUCGGACCCUCGAUACAUCCUGAGCCUCAGCUUCAGGUCGCAGGGCGUCACACACCACACACGCAUGGAGCACUACAGAGGUGNACACUCACAAUGGUGUCACCCGAAGUUGAGACGCUGCCACUCGUGUGAGUUUAUCGGAGCGAGCCAUCAUGCACUCCAAGAACGUAAAUUCCUUCUGACUCUGCGCUCCAGACUCCCUGGGCUUCCUCCCACCCCGGUCCAGCUUCUGUAUCCUGUUUCCCGCUUCAGCAACGUGAAGUCUCUUCAACAUCUCUGUCGCUUCUGCAUUCGACAAAUGGUCCGCAUCGACCACAUCCAGGAGCUUCCACUGCCCAGACCACUAAUAUCGUACCUGAGUAAGUUUUAUUACUACGACCCUGAGGAGGAGACGUACCUGUCCAUCAAGAGCGUCCGGAGGGCGGGGGGCGGGCAGGAGGCCGAGUCGCAGACGUAGCAGCAGAGAUCCUCGCAGCUCAAGUUUGUGAAUGGAGGACUGAUCUGAACUGGUCUGCCAGUCUUCCAGCAUCAGCCAAUCACAGUCCCUGGAUGUCUCCGUGUCUCCGGUCGGACUCGGACGGACGCGCCUCUCUCUGGACUCGGACUAACUUAAAAAGACGGACGAGUGUUUGCAGCGGGAAAAACUGUCAGUGAGACGUUCAGGUGCAGAGGACUCAGCCUCGUCUUCAGAGGGACUGACGAGACGCUCUCACCUGAGAAAACAUGUGGAAACUAAAAGGAGGAGAAAAAGAGGAUUACGAUGAACUUGAUUUUUCUGAUGCUACUGAUCUUGGACUUUUAAAAAAACACACAAUGCACUGGUCGAUUUGUACAACUGUUGUUUGCUGCCGUUUCCUUGUUUUUCCUUCCAUGCUGUCAAAAAGAGAGUUUUGGGAUUAAGAGAUAUACACACGACGAGGCCGGGCAUUCACACACUCGAGGGGUCAAAGACGGACAGGCCACCAUGUUGGAGGGCCUGUAAUCGCACUAAGGUUACCCUAUUUUUAUUUAUUAAAAGAAAUGGAAUCUUAAAGGGAAACUUCAGCUUCAAAGUGAACAUUUGUAAAUCUAAAUCUCACCCCGUGACCUUAAACUCACAUGCCUCCGUGGGGGAUUAAGAGUCAUGAAAUGGAGAAAAGUUGUUAUGAUUUGAAGUAAAUAAGUAAAUAUGAAAUCUAUAAAUUAUGCUAUGAAUGAUAUAUGAACACAUCCCUAUGUAAAAACCUUUAGAAUAUUUAUAAGGAUAUAUUUGAAAAGUGUGGUGAAUGGAAGUGACCGUUAAGUGGAGAUUCAUGGCUCAGAGUAAAACAAUAUUUAACGAAAAUAUCCUUUAAGAAAUUCUAGAAGAAUAGAGUUAAUAUCACCAUGGAAACUUCUCCACUUUAUCACUUACAUUUUGACCAUUUUUUAUUGUAUUACAAGCUUUGUUUAAGGUUAUGUCUGGGCGCUGCAACAACAGGAGAACUACGGUAUAUUAAAACAUCCUUUUACAAAAUGUCACACAACAGGUGCAGUAUAAUCCAAGUCUACACACACGAAUUAGGAAUUAGUUAGGGCGGUGGUGGCGAAGUCGAUAGGGAGUUGGCAUGGCAACUGGAAGGUCACCAAUUCAAGUC